CAGUUGAGUAUGUUUAUGUCUGCAGUUGUUGAGGAGACAUUUGACUGGCUAGUCUGUUGGUUGCUGGAGACUACACAAGCCAAGGUUGACUCGCUCACUGCACAGUCGGACAGGUUCACAGCCAGGAACCUCAGUCAGGUGUUCCACGCUCACACACUCUCCCUUGCUUUUGCCCAGAAUAACGUACUGAAGUACUUCUGGAGCCACUGUGAAAACAGUGAAGCAGAUCUGCGGCCAGUGUUGGAGAACCUCUACUACCUUUACGCUCUCACCUGUCUACAGUCCCAUCUUAGCAGCCUCUACCAAGGAGGGUAUUGCGAAGGUCCCCAGCUGGCUGAUAACAUCAACUCUGCCAUACUGCAGCUCUGCACCGAUCUGAGACCUGAGGCGGUCAGUCUUGUAGAGGCCCUUGCUCCACCAGACUUCAUCCUUAACUCUGUAUUGGCUCGAAAGGAUGGCAAGCUCUACGAGAAUCUGAUUGAAAGCUUCACUUCACAAUCAGAUGGGAUGGGGCGGCCGGAGUGGUGGCGUGAGAUAGUCCCUCGCUCCAAACUGUGAACCUCCUCACCGAGAGAUCUCACACUGCCUUCGUGAUUUGUUGUCGCUGAAUCCUCUAUUCUUGUAACGUUGUUGAUGUAGUGUCUAUUUAUCUACUCUGUCAGUGUCCUUUAAGAACCAAUCACUGUCCCAACGUUGGUGUACAGGUUGAGAUAAGUACAAAUAUACUUGACAAAUUUUUGUUCAUUGAAAAUAAUGUAGCUGUUUCGGUAUGAUUUACUUUGAAAUUAGUUUUUCAACAGUUAUGUACAGAACUCUCUUCUGCCCUUACGCUUUAAUUAAGUUGUUUGAAUCGUAAACUGGGUGUUUUUAACUAAGGGACCAUUGAAUAUCAGCUGAUGUUUGGAAGCAGAGCUAGCCUCUCUGUCCAUUUUCCUUGUAUGCUACCUACAUUUUUUUAAUUAAUCCAACGGUAAAUCACCCAACAGUAAAUCCAACUCGUCUUCUUACUCAGAAUUUUAAGUUAACUGUUUUAUAAAGUAUUGAGCUCGUACUUGCGAGGGUCCCACAAUGUUAGUAAAGUUGUCCUUGAAUUUAGCAUGGUUUUAAACUGUCAGUUUGAACUGAGACCAAAUUUAAUAGUUUCCCAGAGAUUGUCAAAUAAAUCCUCGUAGUAGAGGAAUAGGCCAUUAUAUUUGUACAAUACAUAACUUGUUUAUCUGUUCAUGUCAAAUUAUAAAUUUGUUUUCUCCAGAGUUAUCCUAUUAGUUAAUGUCUAUCUUGAAAUUGUGGCCUAAUGGAACUGCAAUAGACGCAGUAGCAACUGUAAAACUUGGCUUUGAACAAUUUAAAAAAUGUUUUAGUAUAUUUUUUGAGGAAUUGUAUUUUAUUACUGCAGAAUUUAUUGCUGUUAUUUAAUAACUAUUGUGGACUACAGUUUACCCGUACAAUAUAAAUUUAUUUAUUUUUGUAUCUUUUCUAUGUCACGUCCAUCCCAUGUCAUAUUAUACUGUACUAAGAAAUCGCUUUUUGUAUAUAGUAAUUAUGUGUUCCACCAUAUAAGUCUGCACUUUAUUAACUAAGCUUAUUAGAAAACAUUUCAUUGUGAUUUUAAAUAUUUGAAUAGAUUUUAGACUAUUUAUUUUAUUCCAACUCUGUACUAUAUGUAAUGUAUUCAUACCUAUUUACACUAGCCACAAUGGCACUUAUGCCUUUUAGUCUUACAUAAAAAUGAAUACUUAAGAGGGAACACUAGCCACGCAUCUGAUAAAGUUUAACCCUUACAACUCGUAUGUCGGACCUCAUCCGACAUUGUAAUUUCACCGUUCCACUUGUUAUCUCAGACAGCAUCCGAUGUCACCAUGACAACAGUUUUCUUGCAGCCUGUCUGUGGUAUCUUUGACUGGUGUUGCAAUCGCACAGCAAUCUUAGCAACUAAUACUAACAGCUGAACAUAAAUAAUCGUCAUCUGCUGUUGACUUUGUUUAUUAGUCGAUGUGUAACUUCAUUUGGUGUUCUCGUCAACUGAAUAUGUCGUUACUAGGCACUCAGUUCCUUUCUGAUUCUGAGGUUAUUGCUGAGUUAGAGAACGAUGACGAAUCGAUUAAUGAAGAAAGUGAAUGCAGACAUUGUGAAAUCAUUCUGCCAACAUUGGAAAAUUUGUCAGCUACUGAAAUUGAUGAAGGUCCAACCUCAAAUAAUAAUAGUGGUGUUGGAGAUGGAUUUGAGAGAUAUCAAAGAACUUUAAUCAUUAAAUAUACUUAUAACUAAUUGUGCUAGACAGGUGUUACUAUAAAUAUACCGAAAUAAAUACAAGACGAGGGACAGGCGGGUAAAAAAUGUGUAAAGGGUUUGAAUGAGUGUUAAGGACACUUCAUUCAUCUGUUAAAAAUAUGAACUUGUAGCCGACUAGUGUACCCUCUUAACAUUUGUGAUAUGCUGGUCUAUAAACUUGGUUCUCCAUUAUAUAUGUUUAUUAACAUGUAUAAUAAACACAUGAUAACCCAAAAACAAGAACCAAAAAAAUGAGUUGAGAAAUGAGUUCUUAUAUUUAAAAGAACUUAAAUUGGGAACCAAUGUGAAAUGUUAACGCCUCGGUCCCAACUGGUGAUUGAUUGUAAUCUGGUGCACCUAUGCUUAUGUCAUAAUAUUUAAUUUCGU